AUGUAUGAGAAUACUCCAGAGUUUGCACCAUUUAGGGCUCAUAACUAUGAGAUCGCUUCAUUAGACAAUGAUGAUGACGAUGAUAGCGGCAGCUGUUGUUCGACCGAUGAGUCUGAAAUACCAAGAUAUCAACAACACCAACUGCAACAACAACAACAAAGAUUUAGACCAUAUUUAUUAUCAUCUUCUGCGUCUUCAUCUUUAUAUAGUUAUAACAACAAUCAUUGUAUUAAUAAAAACAACAACAACAACAAUCAAUGUAAUAUAGAUCAUCAAUCAACAUUAGAAUUUUUAGAUAGUUUAAAAAAUCAACAACCAUUUUGUAAUAAUAAUAAUAAUAAUAAUAAAUGUAAUAAUAAUAGUAAAAAUAAUAAUAAUCAAUCUGAUGACGAUGAUGACGAUGAAGAAAAUGAAAGAGAAUAUUCUGAUAGAUUAUAUAAUAUAGAUAAUCCACCUCCUUCUCCAAAUACUUCGGACAACUUAAGUGGUGUCUACGAUGGAAAGAAGGUCGCAUUGGAACCAAACGGUGGUGGUGAAGCCAACAUGGAGUCAUUGCGAAAAGUACUCAUUUCACAGCAUCGUUUGAUAGCUCUUCAUAAGAUAAAUAUCAAUCGCAAACGAAGAGAACGUGAAAGAGAAAGAAGGCAACUCUUGUUAGAUUGUAUAACAAAUUCACCAACCAAAUCAUUAGAGGAUGGAAUGAAAAGUUUAUCAAUCGAUAAAAAGAGAAUAUCAUAUAAGCCAUUGAGACAUAGAGGAUCGUCAGCCUCUUCAUCUUUGUCAUUCUCCUCGUCUUCGCCAUCGUCAUCGUCAUCGUCGUCGCCUUUGGGCACCAGUGGUUCACCACUGGUAAUCGGUAAGAAAUGGUUAUCUAAAAAGUCACCAUUGUAA